UGCAGAAAAUGUUCGCACGAAACUUCAAGAUUAUCUCUUCAAAGAUGCAAGAGUAUUGGAAAUUGGUUGUGCAUCAGGAAUUACGACAAAAAAAGUUAGGCCACUUGUAGGAUUCUAUUUAGCGACUGACAUCUCACAAAUUAUGGUCAACAAACUUUCCAAACAAUACAAAGAUGAUUGUAAUUUUCAAGCUAUUUGUGUCUCAGCUCAUGAUGUUCACAAGCUGGUAGAUCAAAAUUUCGAUGUUAUUAUCAUAAAUAGUGUCGUGCAUUGUUUUCCUGGUCAUAACUAUUUCAAGAAAGUAUUUGCGGCAUGCGAAAAUCUACUCAGUGAUAAUGGUGUUAUUUUUAUCGGAGAUAUCAUGGACUUGGAUCUGCAAACGAAUUUGAUAACAUCUACAAAAUUGUUCAAGGAAAAACAUCCCAAUUUAAGAGUAAAGACUGAAUGGAACGACGAGCUUUUCCUUUCGAAAGACUUUUUGAGCAAUGUUUGCAACAAUUCUGAAAAGAUACAAAGUGUGACAUUUUCAAGAAAAAUAUACACCAUUUCAAAUGAACUUACCGAUUUUCGAUUUGACGCAAUAUUUACAAAUGUUUGUAACCAUCAUAACAAGAAGAAUGACGUCAACACAUAUGCUGCAGGAAAUAUUCGUACUCAGAAUCCAAACGCAUUUGAAGACGAAUGGAUAGAUGGGAUAACAUUUUCUGAUCAGGCGUACAUUUUAUUUACCUCUGGAACAACUGGAACACCGAAAGGAGUCAUCAUUAGUCAUGAAGCUUUACUAAAUUACGUUCUUUGGGCAUCAAAAACAUACAACUUCACGACCGAAUCUACGAUUCCUUUCUUUUCGCCACUAACAUUCGAUUUCACUGUAACGAGCAUUUUCCCACCAUUGCUGAAUGGAAGUAAAAUCAAAAUUUUCCCGAAUUUUCAUGACUCGUACGAAGCAAUUGCUUUGUCAAAUGAACUCACGAUUGCAAAAUUUUCGCCUCUACAGUUAGAGACAAUUCUGUCUACUGCUAGACAAUCAAUCAGCGUAUCAGUUUUUAUUUUAGGAGGUGAAGAAGUUCCUGCGAAACUUCUUUCUGAUUUAAAAUGUAACAUGAGUGGCAAAGAAUUUAAGGUGUGGAAUGAAUAUGGACCAACAGAAGCAACAGUUGGAUGCAUUUUUAAAUGUUUCAAAAGCUCUGAUAUUCCAGUUAACCAGUCGAAUUUUGUAACAAUAGGAAAACCAAUACAAAAUGUGAUUGCUGUUGUUGUGAGAAAAGAUAACCUUCAAGUGCCAAUAGGAGGAAGAGGUACACUCGCUAUCGGAGGUAAAUGUCUUUGUAUAGACUUUACCGGCAUUGGUAUUCUCAAACAAACACAAGUUAAAGAAUCAUUCGUUUCGGCUGAUUUCGGAAGACCUGGGGAAGUAAUGUUAUUAACAGACGACAUAGUUGAAUGUCUUCCAAUGUCUGGAGAUUUGGCGUACUUCGGUCGGGAAAGCAACAGAACAUUAAAAAUCAAAGGAUUCAGGGUCGAUUUAUUAGAAGUGCAACACUCCAUAGAAAAUGAGCCUCUUGUUAACAAAGCAUGGGUAUGUUCAUUUUUAUACAAACGUCAACAUUACCUUGGAGCAGCAAUUUUGUAUAAACAAAUUACGCAUGAAUCUCAUCGAUCAUGGGUUAGCAAAGCCAAAUCAUCACUGAGGAGUUGUCUUCCGAUUCAUGCUAUUCCAAAUGUCUUUAUCCAAGUUGGCAAAGCCCCUCUAAAUGCGAACGGGAAAAUAAAUACUCCUUUAAUUCAGAGGCUGUGUAUUGAUGAGCUACAGUCAAACAUAGAGAGACGUGAUAUCAGUGAAACAAACCCCCAUGAAUCUGAGAUAGAAAGACAGAUGAAAGAAAUUUGGCAAAGUGUACUUCCAAUUAAUCAUCUACCAACUCUGAAUGACAAUUUCUUUUUCGACUUAUCUGGAGAUUCUCUGCAAGCUAUUCAUGUUGUUAGAAAAAUGCGAAAAGCUGGAUUCAACAUUUCUGUAACAGAUAUAUUUCAAAAUCCAACUAUUCGACAAUUGAUAGCUUGUCCUGAAAUAAAAACUACAUUGUCACAAGAAACAGAAAGUUAUUGUGAAGACCAUAGGAUUUUCAAGCCUACACCUAUAGUGCAUAGCUAUAUGUCGGGAUAUCGUAUGAACCAUGAUUUGUUUUCAAUGCCAGCUUUAUUGCGAUUUGAUAAUCCAAUAAGCGUUAACAUUUUACGGUUAGCUCUACGAUGUAUCAUGAUGAAACAUGGAUCACUACGAUCUAGAUUCUACACAAACAAUAAUGUUACCUUACAGGAAAUUCUUCCACUAGGAGAAGAUCAACCGAGAAUCGAAAAGAUUGAAAUGAACCAAAAUGAUACCAGUAUGUGGAAUGAACCUACCUUCAUCGAACUUUCUGAAAGAUUAGAAAAAAGUCAUUCUCUAGCGGAUGGUAUUCUGUUAAAUGCAGGCAUAAUUGACAUAGCAAAGCCAUCAGGAAAAACAGAACACUUUUGUCUUGUGGUAAUACAUCACAUUGCAAUAGAUAUAGUGUCAUGGCAGCAAGUUUUAGAAGAUUUAGCAGACGCCUUUAAUCGUCUUAGUAAUAACCCAACUAACCCACCAGCUCUAAAAAGAUGUGUUUUACCAUUUGAAAAGUUUUGCACUACCUUUCAUAAUCAAAGUAUAGAAAUUGCAGAAUCAGAGAUGUUGUAUUGGAAAGAAGUUGGAGUAAAAUGUCAGAAGACUGGUCAGCUUAAACCGAACAACAAAUCAAACAGCUUUUUAACAGCAAAAUGGAUAGAGUUCAUGGUUGAAUCAAAAGAUAUCAGAUCUUUAGCAAUUUCAAGUGGAUGCUCCGAACAAAACAUUUUGUUAACAGCAAUUGGAAGGAGUAUGUGUAAAUUGCAUGGAAACAAUAGAUCAUCGCUUUGUAUGGAAAGUCAUGGGAGAAAUCUUAAAGAUGUUGAUUCUACAGACACUGUCGAGGGAUAG